UAGCCGCCGCCGCCGCCGGAGCGGGGCCGCCCCGCGCUGCCGCCGCCGCCUGGCCCUGCCUGGCCGCCGUGAGUCCCGCCUCAGCCCGCGCCCGUCCCCCGCCCGCCGCGGCACCAUGUCCGGCUCCGGCAGGAAAGACUUCGACGUGAAGCACAUCCUGCGCCUCCGCUGGAAACUGUUCAGCCACCCCUCGCCGGCGGGCGGCCCGGCGGGGGGAGGCUGCCUGCCGCCCGACAGCAGCUUCGAGCACUGGGGACCGAGCCAGAGCCGCCUGCUGAAGAGCCAGGAGAGAGGCAACGGCGUCUUCUGGAAGAAAUCCGCCUCCUCCGCCUCCUCCUCGGCGGCCACCACGGCCAGCCCGCCCAACGGGACGCUGCUGUCCGCCGGCGGCCGGCCGGCCACGGGGCACGGCCCGGGACCGCCGCCGCCCCGCACCGUCUUCUACGUGGAGUCCCUGGAGGAGGAGGAGGAGGAGGCGGUGCCCGGCGGGAUGGAGGUGGCCCGCGAGCCCGAGAAGCCCCAGGCGCCGCCGGAGCGGGAGGAUGCGCCGGGGGGCUGCGCCGAUGGCGGCGGCCGGGCAACAGGUGACGGAGGCGGGCACAGACUGUCAGGAGCUGGCCACCCCUUGCCACCCCACUGUGACAUGGAUUCAUGUAGCUCUGAGGAGUUCUACCAGGCUGUUCACCACGCAGAGCAAACCUUCAGGAAAAUGGAGAGCUACCUGAAGCAGCAGCAGCUCUGUGAUGUUAUCCUGAUCGCUGGGGAUCGCAAGAUACCGGCACACAGACUUGUCCUCAGUUCUGUCUCUGACUACUUUGCUGCCAUGUUUACAAGUGAUGUUUGUGAAGCCAAGCAAGAAGAGAUCAAAAUGGAAGGCAUAGACCCCAAUGCGCUGUGGGACCUUGUUCAGUUUGCAUAUACAGGCUGCCUGGAAUUAAAAGAAGACACCAUUGAAAACCUCCUAGCAGCUGCCUGCCUUCUCCAGCUCCCCCAAGUAGUAGAGGUUUGCUGCCAUUUUCUGAUGAAGCUUUUGCACCCAUCCAACUGCUUGGGAAUACGAGCAUUUGCCGAUGCACAAGGGUGCACAGAGCUUAUGAAGGUGGCUCACAACUACACCAUGGAGAAUAUAAUGGAAGUUAUAAGAAAUCAAGAAUUUUUACUUCUACCUGCCGAAGAACUCCAUAAACUUCUUGCCAGUGAUGAUGUGAAUGUUCCUGAUGAAGAGACCAUUUUCCAUGCCUUAAUGAUGUGGGUGAAAUAUGAUAUGCAGAGGCGAUGCAGUGACCUAAGUAUGCUGCUUGCUUAUAUCAGAUUACCACUCCUUCCACCUCAGAUAUUGGCUGACUUGGAAAACCAUGCACUUUUUAAGGAUGACCUAGAAUGCCAGAAGCUUAUUCUGGAAGCCAUGAAAUAUCAUCUUUUACCAGAAAGAAGAACUCUCAUGCAAAGUCCAAGAACUAAGCCUAGAAAAUCUACAGUUGGAACACUAUAUGCUGUUGGAGGAAUGGAUAACAACAAAGGAGCUACAACUAUUGAAAAGUACGAUCUCAGAACAAACAUAUGGAUUCAGGCUGGAGUAAUGAAUGGCAGGAGGCUUCAGUUUGGUGUUGCUGUCAUUGAUGACAAGCUGUUUGUCAUUGGAGGCCGGGAUGGUUUAAAGACAUUAAACACUGUUGAAUGUUACAAUCCAAAGACCAAGGCUUGGACUGUGUUACCACCCAUGUCAACACACAGACAUGGCUUAGGAGUUACAGUGCUUGAAGGGCCUAUUUAUGCAGUGGGAGGACAUGAUGGUUGGAGUUAUUUGAACACAGUUGAGAGGUGGGACCCUCAAAGUCAGCAGUGGACAUUUGUGGCAAGUAUGUCAAUUGCCAGAAGCACUGUUGGAGUAGCAGCAUUAAAUGGCAAGUUAUAUUCCGUUGGAGGUCGGGAUGGAAGUUCAUGUUUGAGUUCAAUGGAGUAUUAUGAUCCUCACACAAAUAAAUGGAAUAUGUGUGCUCCUAUGUGUAAGAGAAGAGGAGGUGUAGGAGUGGCUACCUGUGAUGGCUUUCUUUAUGCAGUUGGAGGACAUGAUGCUCCUGCUUCUAAUCACUGCUCUCGACUGCUGGACUACGUGGAAAGGUAUGACCCAAAAACUGAUACAUGGACAAUGGUGGCUCCACUGAGUAUGCCUCGAGAUGCUGUUGGUGUUUGUCUCCUUGGUGACAAAUUAUAUGCAGUAGGUGGAUAUGAUGGUCAAUCAUACCUGAACACUAUGGAAGCAUACGACCCACAAACUAAUGAGUGGACUCAGAUGGCUUCCUUAAAUAUUGGAAGGGCUGGUGCCUGUGUUGUAGUAAUCAAACAACCAUGACUUUGUCAGCUCUGCUUAGGAUUUUACUAACUGUGAAAGGAUUAUUUUUCUAUGAGACAAAGAGAAUGAUAACUUCACAAGAACAAAAAUCUACACAGUGAAUACACUGUUGAUCACAGACUCAAAGAAGUUUGGAAGUGACAAAGAUUAAGUAUUUAUGCCCUAUAAAAUCAUAAAACUGUUCACAGUCAGUGAACAAUAAAAAAGCCUCUGGAGUAUUGUAGGUGUAAAUAUGUGAAUGUAGGGUAGUAAGUUCAGGUGUCAGGUGUAAAUGUGUCCUCGAGAACUGGAUGAUCAUGGGAAAUCUACACAAAGAAUGGAAACGAAUAUGAGAACAGUUUUCAUGGCUGUAAGAGAAUUUUAGAAACAUGAAAGAAUAUUUAAUCAAUUUUAAACUGUGUUUUUUAAAAGAGAAAAGUGGAUAGUAAUAUAUAUAUAUAUUUUUUUUUUUUUUGCUGUUCAAGUCUUGUCUUCAAAUGGGUUAUGUUCUUCUCACUUAAAUGAGCAGUUUGAUAUUAUUGAAAAGAAGAGGUCAAAUGGUCUGGAUAUUCAUAGCAACUGAGCUGUGACUCUAGAGCAGGAAGAAACACAAAACUAAAAGUAGUCUUUUUUUUGUAACUUCAGAUUGUACCUCCUCACCUGUGUUAAUGCAUCUUACAAAUGAAUCUCUUGAGGGGGAAGCCUGUGUGUUUAAUCAAGUAAUAUAAAGCAGUCCUGUGGCUGCAGUGGGGCUUUGUUGCAAAUAUGGGAGUCAAAGAAACAGUUACCUAAUUAUUUCUUAAUCUUAUAUUCAAUUAAAGCAUGUGGGCUCUAACCUCAUUGUUUAAUGCAUCUACUGCAUGUUGGAAGCUCAUGACAAGCUGGAAAAUUGAUCACCUUAUUCUGCAUUAUGUUAAUGGAUGAAACAUGACAAGAACAGCCUAUAGAGACUCUUCUAACAUUUUAAGAGGGAGAAAAAUACUAAAUUUUAUUUCUUUCUGAUGCUUGUACAUACAGAAUUUUGCCUACUUAGAGCUGAAAAUUUAUGACUUUCCACUUAUGACUGAGAAUAACUGCAAGUCAGGAAAUCAGAAUAAAUGCAAGUGGAAUAAGGAAAAUUAGACCAUUUGAUCUAAUAAAUUUCAUAUGGUAAAUAUACUAGUGUCAUCUGUGCUUCCCCUUAGGGUUGAUAAUUUUUGCCAGUAAUGAUAGUUUGAGCUUUUGAUUUGGCAGUAGAUUUGAUGCUAUUGCCACUACUGGAAUAUGAAAUUCUGCUAUUCAGGGAUGCACAGCUUCUGGGAACAGGGCACCAAAUAUACUUCUCUAAAGCCUUGCUGAUCCCAUAAGAAACAUUUUAUGGCCCAAAAGCAGAAACUUCACAAUACUCUGUCACUAAAAAUUUUGAGAAGGAAUUCUGGUUGCACAUAAAUGAGUUUUCUUAGUGGAAAUCUCUGCAAUCAUUGGAGAUUGAAAAAUACGUAGAGCUUCCAUCUUGGGAGAUUUGAUUUGAAAAUGUGUCUUUCCUUCUAACUGCAUCAGUAUGCAUGGAGGUGUUUGUUUACUGAUGUAAGCUGAACUGCAAUUCUGAAGCCUAAGUAUAUGGAUUUAAAUCUUUUAAAUAUUUCUCUGUCCUAAUUUGGAAUCAGCUGAAAAAAAUUAAAUAUUAAUUUUCCACAGCCUUUUGAAUUGCAAUUAGUCUUUCACACACAAGCAUGUGAAUUUUUUUCCAACUACAACAAGUUGUUGAAUAAAAAAUGUUACCUCUCUAAAGAUUGUGCUUCACAUCAACACAAGUUUCAGAGACCAAAUGAAGAAGUUUCUAGAAUUAUAACAGUAAUUAAAUAUAGAUAUUGGCAUUUAGAACUCCUACAGAGAUAUCUAAAGAACUUAGAAAUUGAAUUUUCAUUCUAUUCCUAGAACUUUCUUUUGAUUUCAUUAUAUUAAUACAUAAUAGAAAUAUUAUUGCUCUACCUAUACACAGAUCUCCAAAGUUGGAUUAUUCCUAUUGAUUUUGUUCUGUGCCAAAUUUCAGUGCCUUGAUCAUUAUUUUCUUCCAUUUAUCCUCAUUUCAUUUUUGAUUCUAAAUUUCCUUUUUUACUUUUUCAAUUUACUUUUCUUUUACCAAAAUGAUUCUCAUGUGAAUUUUUUCAGUCUAUUCUACUCCUCUUAUUCUGAAACAAUAAAAUUAGUAUUUGUUUUAUUUUGAUUAUGUAAAAUCUAGCCACAAUAAGAACCAAAAUUGCCUUUCAUAUUUAUACAAGUGCUACAAGUUUAUUCUACAGAGAAUUUAUGAUUUUUUUUUUCUUUACCAUUAUGUUUACUUUUACUAAAAAUAAUAAUACUUUUACCUUUUCCUGAAAGGGAAUGUAUUUAAAUCCAAGUACUAUAUAAUUGUAGUUGGUUCAUUAAGACCCAUUUUAUAUAUAUAUAUAUAUAUAUAUAUAUAUAUAUAUAUAUAUAUAUAUGAGAAUUAAAAUCACUUCCAAUGCACUAAUUGUGCUAAACAAUAUUAAGUUUACAUAUUUAGAAAGUCACGGUCUUUUCAAAAAACAGGUGACCUUGUUCAUCUACCAUGAUGUCUUUUCUCUCACAUAAUUUCUUUGAUUUCAAAGUAUAAAAAUCACAUUGAAAUCAGAGCUGCAACAAACAUUAAUUUUACUGAAAUCAAUGACCAAAUUCCUUGUAAUGUAGAUAUUUCCUACUAUGUUGAGAUCCUUGUAUAUCUACGCAUAAAAAUGUCAAUUUAUAGCUAUUCUUUAGUGGAGCUCUUUAGUAUUGACAUUAUGUGAUCUGAUUUUAUAGAAAAGCUUUCAUUGUUAUCAAAGUCACAAAUAAGCUAUGACUAUUGUUGCAUUUGCUUUAUUUACAAUUGUUCAAUAAUUAUUUUAAUAUAUGUUCUUGCAGUCAAAAUACUGAUAUUGUUUAAAAAUCAGAAGUAAAUUUAAAAAAAAUUCUUCUACAUAUAGAACAGACUUUUUAUUCAUAUGAAACUUGUCCAAUUAUUAAGACAAUAUUAGGAUGCUUUCAGGGAGUUGCCUGCCUCAUUAAAAAUUUUCCUCUGUUAAGCUAACAUUAAUUGAUGCAAGGGAACCAUUUUAGCAUAGACAAAGGAUCAUUUCCUUGGAUACCAUUCUCUUCUAGAGAAACCUGCUGUCAGGUCAGUCGACCAUUAUUUUAAAAUUACUUAAGUUAAAAUAUAUCUAGAAGUAGAUAUUUAUUAUAUCUAUAAUCUUAUCUCUAUAUAUUAUUCAGAUAGUUUCAAUAUGUUUAGAAGGCCCAUAUAAAUUCCCUUAAAUGUGUUUAUGUCUUAAAUAUUUUCUAUUAUUUCAAUAAAAGUAACUCACAAAAUACAUUUAGGAUAUGCAAGUUUUGAUAACUCAAACCUUGAUGUCCAUGAGCAAACACCAGAAAUGCUGUGCAUUGUGAUUAUGAAUGAAAUACACUUUUUCCACAAGAGAAUUUAUAUUCUGGAAAACUUUCCUUAUUAUUUUGCCCACAAUGAGCUGGGGGAAAAAAAUGUGACCUAUGACCUAUGUUAUCUAUGAAUUUGCAUUAGUUAUUUUAUCAGGAAUAUAUGGAGAAGGCAUUUCCACAAAGACUUCAUAAAAGUUCUUGUAACUUUUAUCGAAUAGCAGUAAUAUAUUACAUCAUUAAAUUCUCACAAUAUAAAAUUAUUGGAUUUUUUGCAUUUACUGCUCCAAGAAAAUAUGCAUACACUGGGUAAUGCAGGCUCACUGCCAGCUCAGAAUCUCAAUAUGUUAAAGUAACUUCAGAUAUAUUUCUUCAAAAACAGAUUAUCCAUGCAGUAUAUCUGUUCUAACUUAAAUGAGAAUGCAUAAAAUAUUCAGCAGAAUAAUUAUUCUACAGCAUUAUUCUAAAUCCAGUGUAAAGCUGCUCAAAUUGGCAUAACCUUGCAAUUCAUUGCAAAUUCCCUCAUUAUAGUUCUGCUUCAUAGUUCAUGGGGACUGGGUACACUUCAGGACAGAGAAACCACUGAAAAUCGUUAAAUCAGCAUAAGUUUGAUUCCAUGUUCAGGACUACAGCUGUCAGACAUUAAACCAUAAAGAAAAUUACUAACACAGGUAAGAACUGUAGUGACAGGGAACAAUAGCACUUUGAGUCACUGGCUAUUCACAGAUUCACCUUGGGGAAUCUAUGCAGCUGCCAAAGUCAUCACCCACUAAGGGUUGAAAAAGUAGUCAAAGCUGAGGUAUAAGCAACUUACACUUCUAUCACCCCAUACUUUCCCAGAUUUCCCGUGAUGAUCAAAAAAUGCACAAAAAUCAAAAUAAUGAUGAUGAUAAAUCCUCUCUUGCAGAAAUCUAGUACUGCUCAGAAUUAGGUCUGUGAACCAGGUUCAUGUUCAGUAUUCUUCACUUAGGUGGCCUAGGUUGUUGGUAAGUCUGGUGACAUCUUUAGUGAACUCUUUCUAAUGUCCCCAACAAAAGUAUCAUUAGAACAGGGCUGCCUUUGAUGGCGUCCAAGAAAAAAUAAUGUUCCAAAGGUGAGAUGUUUCCAUUAAAUAGAUGAGCAUUCAGUCUAGUCACCCCCACAUAAGUGUCUGAUACCAUGUGAGAUGCCCAAAACUAAGUUGUCCACACUGGGCUGUAUAUAUAUAUAUAUAUAUAUGCAUAUGCACCCAGUGCCACUAGAUAUUUGAAAUUUCUAACAACCCACUUGCAUGAUAAGACAGCCAGAAUUUAAAAAUAUUUUACUUUAGGUAGCUAAAACUUCAAAAUAUUAACUUUGAUUGUCCAAUGAAUAAUACAAAUAGUAAACAUAGGUGUGAUAUUAAUUAAUAUUAAUUAAUGUUGGGAUGUAUGGGAAAUGCUAACUUUUAGAGAUCCUCUUUAUAAGGAAAAUUAUCUUUUUUUGCAUCGCUUCAAUCAAAAAUGUGUUCUACAAGCAAGCCAGAAGUAAAUCACCCUUACUCAACAGUUAUUGAAAAAAUCACUUACAUUAGUUGCUAUUACCUAAUGUAAACUUUUUGGGUUUGUUUUUCUAUUUAACAGUAAAGUGUUUCUGAGUGCAAUUCUGUAAAGGUUUGGGUGGAACAUUUCAGGCACAUAGUGGAAAAUCUCACAUAUAGGCAUACUAUGAAAACAGACUAUUUAGCUUAGGUUUUUGGGUGCUUUAUUUUUCUUUUUUGCACAUCUGUAUAUUUUCUAUGAUAUCAGGUAAUUUUAAAUGGUAAUUUGUUCCUCUUGAAAGGUAAAAGAGAAAGACUUGCUAUAGCAGGCUGAAUGAAUAAAUAUCCAUCUUGUAAUAAAGAGGGUUCUACUGUAUAAAUGUCCAUAUCAGAAUUAUAAAUCCAAAGGAUUCUUUAUAGCCAGAGUAGAAAAAUCACUACUUCCAGGACAUGAGUCAUCUCAUUAAUAGGUGAAAUAAAUCCCACUUUGAAAAUGCAUUUCUCUCAAUUGACAGCAAAAGUGCCUAAAAUGACUAGUUCAGACAGAAUUACUUAAGUUGGAUAAGAUGCAUCUCUACCCUUUGAUAAAUGCCUAGGAGGAACUGGCCCCACAAACAUUUAUUUCCAAUAAAUAUGACAGGAAUUUAAUUUAGAAUAUUACUCCAAGACUCAAAUAGGCAUUGAACAAAAACAAUUUCCAUGUUCUGAAAUCGAACACUCUUAUGAUAUUCAGAGAGUUGAUAAUUUGAAGUUUUCAAAUUAUAUGCAAAAGAAGCAGAAGGUAUCUCUUUGUUAACCUAGGAGAAAAAGUGUUCAGAAAAUUGCAGCUUCAGCUCCUGGUUACCUACAUUUUGAGAUAUCUUAUAUUUGAGGGAUAAGGGAGCAAUUUAAUACAGUAACCUGCAAAAAAUAUCUAUAUAAUUAAACUUCACAAACUUUCAAAACAUGAAAUAGGAUUGUUUUGAAACAGGAUUGCUAUAAUCAAUGGGCAUCAUUAUACCAGGCACUUGUGUGGGCAGAAAAAAACUGAAGAAAGGCAGACACCUCCCACCACAUGGGUCAUCCCAGCCAAUUGUAGGCAUACAGAAAAACCACCUGUUUUCCUCUUUUGUUUAUAAAGGUAUCAAUGAGAAAAAAACAGAUUUAGGCACCUAAAUUAGUAGAAAGGCACCUAAAUUAGUAGAAAUACAAAAAAUGAAGUGUAGAAAAAUGCUAAUAGUAUGAUCUGUCUGAAAUUGUAAAUCUGCUUGAUUUGUUUAUAGAUUUAUCAACAUUAUCAUUUAUCUCACAAGUAGUUUAUACCAUACAACAUAUUCUUUGACAACUCUAUGUAUAUAGACAAUUAAAGAGAUAUAUUUUGUGUGAUCAAAUUCAACUUUUGAAAUAAGAUCCAUUGUUCAGCUAAUGUAGGUGAAUUUCUUGUUCGUAUGAAAGUUCACAGUUAUUUGCAGUUCUUCACAGAGUGCAUAAGCACUGGAUUUAUUGUUCAUUUCAUUAUAAACUGUGAAUGUUUAGCACCUUCUAAAAUCACAGACCAUAUUCUUUACUCUUUAAUAUCAGAUGCUUUUUUGUUUAUUCCAUUUUUCAAAAUUGUGGCUAUAUUUUAUGUAAGAUAUUUUUAUGAAACAUAUAUUUAUGUGACUGGAAUAUGUCAGGAUUCUGCUGGAAUGAGAUAACAAAACACACAAGCUUUACAAAUGUAUUCUCUAUGUCGUGUACUUAACAUAUCUUUGGCUCUGUUUAGUUGACUUUAGGGAACUGACUCAGAGUUCUUAAAAAUAUAUAUUAAGAAAAUGAAACCAAGAUUUUGGUUUAAAAAAUUUAAAGGACAAACUUGCUUGGCUGUUAUCAUUCCCCUCUUCCCUCCUAAAAAACAACAAAAAUAAACAACAACAACAACAAAACCAGAUAAGUUCUAAGUCCUUUUUCAUUUCAGUGUACAUUCAAUAAUUUAUAUUGUCAUACAUUAUGAUUAUUUUUUAAAUUAGAAUUAGAGGAAGAGCUGCUACCAAGCUGACACAGAAGUAACUGUUAUGCACAGAUGAAAGGUCAUCAUUAAUUGGGGAAAUAAAACCUCAUUUUUCUAGAAUGGCCUAGUAAACACAAAGUGUCAGCAGACUUAUGCUAAUGCAUGACUGAUUCUCUAACUAAAAUGCUUCUGCCUUCACCUUGCAUACCAAAAGAGCUUAUAUCAGAUUAUGGCUGCUUGGUUUGGGGGAGAGACUGGAAAAUGAGGUCUGAGUCUUAAUGCAAGAGGAACACUGUUAAAGCAGGAAUGAUGUGGUUAACAACAUGUCACAAAUAUAAACUUUCCAGAGCUGUCAUAUGAGCUUGCAACUGUUUGCAGAUGUAUUAUCGAAUUUUUGCAUCAAAUGGAUCCAGUCAGAAGUUUUGGAGUUUUAGCUGAAAACAAAAUCAGUAUUGAAUAAAUAUCUUGGGAUGUUGACAUAUGAGUUUACUUAGUAUGGAAGAGAAAAGGCACAACAGAGCAAAAUAAUUGUACAAUGUUUUGGAAUGUAAGACAAUAAAUACAUUAAGAAAAUGUAUAAAUAUGGCUGUAAAUACAUUAAAUUAAGCUGUCCUAAGUUUUGCAAUAUUUGCAGAGCAGUUUACUGAAUGUUAUGCUUUUACCAUGGUUCCGUUUUAUCUUGGACAUGUAUGUAUAGAAUGCAAGUGAAGAAAAUAGAGCACAAUUAUAAACUCUUAACCUUACUUUGUUUGACACAAACUGUUUCUAAGAAAUUUAAUAUUGAAAAUGUCGCUGUGCAAAAAUAAACAUGUUUGUUUUUA